CCUGCUGUCACUCAAGGGCCCCGGCCAAUCCAACCAAACCCUGACCAAACCAGCACCCCCGCUGCCAAAUGUGCCAUACGAGAGGAAGGUAGCUGCUGCUGAGAAAGCUGUACGAAUGUGGACACCCAGUGGAGAGAUACGAUCCUGUUUUGUGCUGGAAGAAGGAGAGAAUUUCACUUUUGCAUUCCCCCUAUUUGCCGGCGGUUUUCCUAUUUGCAUCUGAAGUGCGAGCCAUCGUUAGUGGCGUCCCAGUGGAAUGGAGGUAAGCAUGUUCCUCAACACGCUGACGCCCAAGUUCUACGUGGCUUUGACGGGCACUUCCUCCCUCAUAUCAGGACUCAUAUUGAUAUUUGAGUGGUGGUAUUUUAGGAAGUAUGGGACCUCCUUCAUAGAGCAGGUGUCUGUGAGCCACCUGCGCCCACUGCUGGGCGGGGUGGACAGCAGCACCCCCAACACCAGCAACGGAGAGGCCAACGAUUCCAACCGACAGAGUGUGUCCGAAUGUAAAGUGUGGAGAAAUCCGCUGAAUUUAUUUCGUGGAGCCGAAUACAAUCGGUACACGUGGGUGACUGGUCGAGAGCCGCUGACCUACUACGACAUGAACCUCUCGGCACAAGACCACCAGACCUUCUUCACCUGCGACUCGGACCACCUGCGGCCCACCGACGCCAUCAUGCAGAAGGCCUGGAGAGAGAGGAACCCACAGGCUCGCAUCUCCGCCGCGCACGAGGCUCUGGAGCUGGAGGACUGUGCCACGGCCUUUAUCCUGUUGGCGGAGGAAGAGGCCACGACCAUCAUGAAGACCGAGCGUCUCUUCAAGCAGGCGCUGAAGGCCGGAGACGGCUGCUACCGCCGCAGCCAACAGCUGCAGCACCACGGCGCGCAGUACGAGGCCCAGCACAGAAGAGACACCAACGUGUUGGUGUACAUAAAGAGAAGACUGGCCAUGUGCUCCAGAAAGCUCGGCCGCACACGAGAAGCUGUUAAAAUGAUGAGAGAUUUGUGUGUUUUCCAGUUAAUGAAGGAGUUCCCUCUCCUCAGUAUGUUCAACAUCCACGAGAACCUGCUGGAGUCACUGCUGGAGCUCCAGAACUACGCCGACGUCCAGGCCGUUCUGGCCAAGUACGACGAUAUUAGCUUACCCAAAUCCGCCACAAUAUGCUACACAGCAGCCUUGCUCAAAGCCAGGGCGGUGUCAGACAAAUUCUCUCCAGAGGCAGCAUCCAGACGAGGGCUGAGCACAGCAGAGAUGAACGCAAUAGAAGCCAUCCACAGAGCGGUAGAGUUCAACCCCCACGUGCCGAAAUAUCUGCUGGAGAUGAAGAGUCUGAUUCUUCCUCCAGAACACAUCCUGAAGAGAGGAGACAGCGAGGCCAUCGCCUACGCCUUCUUCCACCUGCAGCACUGGAAGAGGGUGGAGGGGGCGCUCAACCUGCUGCACUGCACCUGGGGGGGCACGUUCAGAAUGAUCCCGUAUCCUCUGGAGAAAGGUCACCUGUUCUAUCCGUACCCCAUCUGCACAGAGACGGCCGACAGGGAGCUGCUACCCAAAGCAGUGUUUCACGAGGUGUCGGUCUACCCGAAGAAGGAGCUGCCCUUCUUCAUCCUCUUCACAGCCGGACUCUGCUCCUUCACCGCCAUGCUGGCUCUGCUCACACACCAGUUCCCCGAGCUCAUGGGGGUGUUCGCUAAGGCUUUCCUCAGCACGCUGUUCGCUCCUCUCAACUUCAUCAUGGAGAAGGUGGAGAGCAUCCUGCCGUCCAGCCUCUGGCACCAACUCACCCGCAUCUGACCCGGACCCAGGACCCCCUCCUGGACAGAGACCGCUGAACUGAUUGGCGCUGGAUUUGACCUGCGCCCCUCUGGUGGCCAAAGGAGCGCGCUCAGAACCGAACUGACAAAAGCCAAAACACUGGAAUCCAGAGUUGGUUUUGACUUUAAGCAUUUUUGGGGGGUUUCAAUCAUUCAAAGCUGUUCUUUUGUUGUACAAAAAAGAAAAAAAUGUGAUCAAUUGCCAUCAUUAGAAAAGUGAAAAAACAAAAAAUACAAUAAAGGACUUUUUGUGUUAUGCUGCAAGCUGG